AUGUCCCAAAAAGACGAAGAAUUCUACAGAUUUCUGAAAAAGGUCAAGGAGAUCUGCAUUGAGGUCCCUCUUAUUGACGCCCUUCACCAAAUGUCAAAGUUUUCCAAAUUUUUUAAGGGGAUAAUGUCAAAUAGAAGAAAGAAGGGAGAAUUCGAGACUGUAGCAUUGAUAGAAAAGUGCAACGCGCUGUUCAUGGCCACCACACCCCCAAAGCUCCAAGAUCUAGGAAGCUUCUCGAUACCUUGCAAGAUAGGAUCUGAAUUCAUAGAUGAAGCUUUUUGUGAUUUGGGGACAAGUAUUAGCCUCAUUCCAUACUCAGUCUGUAAUAAGCUAGGUCUCAAGAACUUGAAAUUAACUACUAUGACACUGCAAUUAGCUGAUCACUCAUGCAAGUACCCUAUGGGUAUAAUUGAAGACGUACCAAUAGAGGUGGGUGGAUGCAUCAUACCCACAUAUUUUGUUAUCUUGGACAUGGAGGAGGAUCCCAAGAUCCCGAUAAUCCUAGGAAGACCUUUCCUUGCAACUGCUGGAGCCAUCAUUGAUGUGAAAAAGCCACAAGAUAUCUCUGGUGAUUGCUAA